UUACUUUCUUUUUGCAAUAUUAUUUUGUUAUCAUUCGAACGGGGGAUGAUUAUUAAUAAUAUAAUAUCACGUUGAUUGGAAGAACACAAAAUGAUGUUGAUAAAAAAGAUGAUGGAUGUUACAAUGAUAUUCGAUUUAUUGAAAUUAAAGAUCAUUAUACUCGGUUUGAUUUUGUACAUUGACACAAGUCAAGCCGGAAGUUGCAGUGCCGCUAAGCUUUGUUGUCAAGGAAGAGAUUCCGGUUGUGUCAUACAAAAAGAAUCACCAAAUGCCAUAAUCGAAAGCCCACGAGACAAACCUUGUUAUUGCGAUCAUGCGUGUCUCAAACUUGCCGACUGUUGCGACGAUUUUAAAGAAACAUGCGGGGUGGUAGAUUGUACAGUAAGCGAAUGGAGCGAGUGGUCAGCUUGCAAUACAGGAUGUGGCAGUGGAACACAAAAACGUACUCGCAGUAUAAGAAACUCUGAGAAAAAUGGUGGAAAACAUUGUCCAAGACUGGAUCAAAUCAGAAGCUGUCGAAGCUUUCAAUCUUGUCAUUCUGGAAUUCUUCGUCCUUUGCUUCACGACAGGAGUGUGACAUUACUCUCCUUUUUACCUGCCGGAUACAACGGUUCAGAAGUUGGCAUUGGAAAUGAAAUACCGAAAAUAAGCCAUAGGUGUGUUGCAUUCACUAUCGUGCGUGCUUCCAAAGCUUGCAAACGGAUAUCAUCUUCCUUGGCCGAAGGUACCAGAAUAUGCGUGGAACGACAGGAAGAUGAUAUGGAAGAAGAUAAACAAAUGAAAAAUGAACAAGAAAAUGAUGGAAUUAAUAUUAGUAAUAGUAAUAGUAUUAAUAAUAAUAAUAACAAUAAUAAUAAUAGAAUGACUAGUAGUAUUAGUAGAAUUAAAAGUAGUAUCAGUAAUAGUAUUACUAGUAGUAGUAGUAGUAUUAAAGAAGGUAGAAGGAGAGGAGGAAAGUUGUUCGUGGGUAUUGGCAGAUGGAAACUAUCGACGUCCGUUGAUGCCGGAAGUGCUGUUAGAAUUGCUAUGAAUUCGAGCUGCCAUGGUAAAUGGAUAGGCGAUUCUAGGCAUCUCAUCGAUUGCUAUGAUCCAACUUGUACUGAUAAUACUAAUACUACUACACGUUUACGCGUCGAUAAACGUCUACGAAGAAGUUUACGAUUCAACGAUAAUCAUAAUAAUAAUAAUCAUAAUCAUAAUAAUAUAAUCAAUGAUAAAAGCCAUGAUGAUAAUGAUAAUGAUAAUGAUAAUGAAGAUUAUAAUAAUAAGAAGGAUCACAAUGAAGAUGACAAUUAUUUACGAAGGACCAAAACUAUUAAGGAAAGGUGCAGAAGAAGGAGAAGGGCCAGACGACGAAAGAGAAGCCGAAGAAGAAGACAACACGAUCAUUUUAUUGUCAAAUCCUAAUUCUAACUAAUAAUAAUUAAUUAUAAUUUAUUUUAGUAAUAAUUAAUAUGUAUUUAUAUUACU